GAGCUGCGGAGCCCACAGGCAGCUCCGCGGGCGGGUGCAGCAGCAGGGGCAGCUUUGCCUCCCCGGCCUCCCGGCUCAGCGCACGAACCCGGCGCUGGGCACCACCCCGCAGCGGAGCCGAGCCGCUCGGCCCCUCGCCUCGAGGCUGAGCCGCACCGAGAGAGGAGCGAGGUUGUCCCCGCUCAGCCGGGGCCCCCAGCGCGGCUCCUCCCUUCUCGGGAGCGCGGUGCCCGGCCUGGGGGCAGCCUCUUAGGGCCGGCGGGGGCGGCCCCGGCUCAGUCCCGCACGGCGGUCGCAGAGCGAGGCCGCGCUGCCCGCCCCCGCUGCCCAUGGCGCCCCGCCCGGGCCCGCUGCUGCUGCUGCUGCUGCUGCCGCCGCUGCUGCUGCCGCCGGCCGUUUAUAGAGGCGCUCUUGGGGAAGCCCGUUUAAGGAAUAGAAGAGGAAUUCUAGAAUUAGCUGGAGCCAUCAGAUGUACUACAGGACGAUCUCCUUUUGCCUACCUACGUUAUGGAUGCUACUGUGGACUGGGAGGAAGAGGAUGGCCCAAGGACAGAGUAGAUUGGUGCUGCUUUAACCAUGACUGCUGCUAUGGUAAGGCAGAACGAGCAGGUUGUCACCCCAAGAUAGAAAGUUACCACUGGGAAUGUGAAGACAACAUUGCUGUGUGUGAAUCAAUAGAAGACAAGUGUCAAAAAAUGGCAUGUGAAUGCGAUAGUGAAGCUGCCAAAUGUUUUUCUAAAGCUCCCUAUCAUACAAAGUACCUUUUGUGGCCAGAUGUUAUGUGUGGUGAGAUUCAGCCUGUGUGUAGAUAUUAGGUACAAAAGAUCAGCCUUUAUGACAACUCUGUAUGUAUUUAAAACUAAAAAGACUAUUUUUGUCACAGUAUUGACAAGAAAUGAUUUUUCGCUUUCUUGAUUCUCCUUCCUGCCACUCUAGCUCCUCUAUCCCAGAAUGGCUGAAGUAAACAUUUACCUUCUAAUUUAACUUCUACAAUACAUGGACUAAAAAAGCAUGUUCAGUAGUUUGGUUUAAGCUUUUAUUUACUAACCUCAAAUUCCUAUUUAGUAUUUAUCAGUUUAAUGAGUAACUGACUUAAAAUUUGUUUGAAUCACAGAAUAGUUUGGGUUGGAAAGGACCUUUAACAACCACCCAGUUCCAACCCCUGCCAUGGGCAGGGACACCUUCCAUUAGACCAGGCUACCCAAAGCCCAAACCCCAUCCAGCCUGGCCUUGGGCACUGCCAGGGAUGGGGCACCCACAGCUCCUCUGGGCAGCCUGGGCUAGGGCCUCACCACCCUCACAGUGGAGAAUUCCUUCCUAAUAUCUAAUAUUUUUUGGUUUAUAUUCAGCUUCAUGAUAUCAUUCACCGCAAAUUUUCCAUCCUCGCUUCACUGGAAUGUAAGAUACAAUCCACACUUUUCCACUAACAUUUAUCUUAACAUUUGUUACAUUUGAACUGACAGGAAGAAAUGCAUGAAGUGACAGCAUCAGCGUAAAAAGCCCCUCUGUCCAUAUUAAACGUUUAUUAGGAAACCUAAUUCAACUUUUGUAUCUCAUUCUACUUCAGAGGUCCUACCUGUAUUAAAAAUUGCCCAACAUAGUUUUUUCUUUUCAAGCAUUUACUGUCAAAGAAAACGUCAAGCACUUUGAUAUAAAAUAAAUAAAACUUCUUUAGGAAGGCCUAGGAUUUAAAAAUGUAUCUUUAAUCUUUAAAAAUAUUCAUAGGCAGAUUUGAAGUUCAUAUUAAUGAUAACAAAUGAAAAAAAAUCAACAACAUAAUGCAAGGCGACGCAGCUCUUGAAUAUCUAAGAGCUUCUGCUUCAGUCAAAAAAACAAUACAUUAAUAAAUGGCAAUCCAGUUUAUACAAAAUAACUUUCCAGUCAACAUUCACUCACAGUUCUAGAUACACACCUUAUAUUGCAGUAAGACAUAAUUACAGUGUCAGGUCACUUAUCCAAAAUAAUCCCUUUAAGAGAUAACCCUGAAUUUAAGGAUUAGCAACAGACUUUAAGAGGAGAGCAUUAAAGAAGCUAUUGAUGAAAUCUAACUGAUCUGAACAAAACAAAGCAAAUUGAAUGGCAAAUCACCAGAUCUUCCAAAGGGCAAGAAAACUCAGUCCCCCUUUAACAGGGGGAAUUCUAGAACAAACUUUACCGUGCAUUUGACAGUCACAACUUCACAUGUAAAGCAGGCUGAAAACACUGAAGUACUUUCAAUAUCAAGCCUAUCCAGGAAGAGCUCUCCUUUGGCAAGUUUAAGUUCUGAGCAACACAUUUCCUUGGUAUGAAAUACCAAGUUAAACACCACUGUAGUUGUUCAGAAGACACCGAUUUUAAGACAGAAUAGCGAAGUUUGAUUUGAUCAAAAAUAUGAUGACAUGACUAAGUUUUAAAUGGCAAAAUCAGGAAUAUAUAUAUGUUUUUACUAUAAAAAUCAUUUUGGAUAAUAAAGUCCAUCCUCAGAGUUGGAAUCAACUGUUUAAGAGUAGCUUACCUUAAGGCUUUUUUGUAUGUUUAAGUUAAUGUAAUCCAACAUUUUCACUGCCACAUACAUAAAGGAGAAAAGCAAAGUUUCUUUCAAAUAACCACUUUUAGAAACUAAAUAGCUCAACAUUUCUAAUGCCAGUCACUGCACUUGUGUCUCCAAACGCCUUACUUCUUUAACCACAAGAUCAAUGUUUAUAAUUGGGUUAAAGUACAAGGCCCAGUAAAACAAACAAUUGCAGACAAACUGAGGAAUAAAAGGCCAAAAUAUAGCAACAAAAAGACCCUGGGUUGAGACUUUCCAGAAGUGUCUCCACAUUCUGUGAGGAAUAGUCCUGUGGAAAAGGAAAGGGAGAAGCUUAAUGGAACUUUGUUUUGUUUUUAACCAUUCUAAGACAAGCUAAUUUAUGCUGCAGCCUCAAAUUAUUUAACGCUUACUCAAUUACCUGCAAAGCAUCAUUCUGCACUCCAUAAAAACUUUCUUAAAUAUAGUAAUGCUACUUUUUAUGUGAGGAUGUAUUAAGUCAAUUUAUUCAGACUACAAACUACAGCAGUUAAAGCGGUAAAA